AAAAUGAGAGUAGAUAUUUAUUUGAAAAAGAAGAAUAUCAUUCACACAUUUCCAUUUAUUACAGAAAAAGAAUAUUAAAAAGGUGUGUCUCUUCAAGAAGACUUAGUUCAAAGUUGAAUUAUUUAUACAGAGACCACUCUCACUGCCAUUUCCCCAGAGAAAACGAGAGAAAUGGAAGGAAGAAGAAAAGCUUUGCUCUUUACUCUCUGUUUCUUCUUCUUCUCUCUACCUUCCUUGUCUUCCCUUCCUGCUUACCAAACUCUAGUUCCCACUUCUCACUCUCUUCCUUCCGCUUCUCCCAUCUCAUUCCAACCCGAAUCCGAACCCGUUUCUGAAUCGUUGAUAGGAUCCGGAUCCGACUCCGAGUCGUCCAUUACACUAAACCUCGACCACAUCGACGCUCUCUCCACCAACAGAACUCCCGAAGAGCUCUUCAGCUCUCGUCUCCAGCGUGACUCCCGGCGCGUGAAGUCAAUCGCUACACUCGCCGCCCGGAUCCCCAGAAGAAACACCACUCAUGCGCCGAGACCCGGCGGAUUCAGCAGCUCCGUCGUCUCUGGUCUCUCUCAGGGAAGUGGAGAAUACUUCACGCGCCUCGGUGUCGGAACUCCGGCGAGAUAUGUCUACAUGGUGCUCGACACCGGAAGCGACAUCGUCUGGCUCCAAUGCGCUCCUUGCCGGAGAUGCUACUCUCAGUCCGACCCGAUUUUCGACCCGAGAAAGUCCCGGACCUACUCGACGAUCCCCUGUUCUUCGCCUCUCUGCCGCCGGUUAGACUCCGCCGGAUGCAACACGCGCCGCCGGACUUGCCUCUACCAAGUCUCGUACGGCGAUGGUUCUUUCACCGUCGGCGAUUUCGCCACCGAAACGCUGACGUUCCGUCGAAACCGCGUUAAAGGCGUCGCCGUCGGGUGUGGUCACGACAAUGAAGGUCUCUUCGUCGGAGCCGCCGGUUUGUUAGGUCUCGGGAAAGGUAGGUUAUCGUUUCCCGGUCAGACCGGUCGCCGGUUUAAUCAGAAGUUCUCUUACUGUUUAGUCGACAGAUCCGCUUCCUCCAAACCUUCCUCCGUCGUCUUCGGAAACGCCGCCGUUUCGCGAACCGCGAAGUUCACGCCGCUCUUAUCGAAUCCGAAGCUUGAUACAUUCUACUACGUCGAGCUGCUCGGAAUAAGCGUCGGAGGGACGCGCGUCCCCGGCGUAGCCGCUUCUCUUUUCAAACUCGACCCGAUCGGUAACGGUGGAGUCAUUAUCGACUCGGGUACCUCUGUGACCCGGCUGGUCCGACCCGCUUACGUUGCUAUGAGAGACGCGUUCCGGGUCAGAGCCAGGAGUUUGAAACGAGCGCCGGACUACUCUCUCUUCGAUACGUGUUUCGAUCUCUCUCAUCAAAACGAGGUUAAAGUUCCGACGGUGGUUCUACACUUCCGUGGAGCUGACGUGUCACUUCCGGCGACUAAUUAUCUGAUUCCGGUGGAUACUAACGGCAAGUUCUGCUUUGCAUUUGCCGGUACGAUGAGCGGGCUAUCCAUCAUCGGGAACAUCCAGCAGCAGGGUUUCCGGGUCGUUUACGAUUUGAUGGGUUCCCGAGUCGGGUUUGCUCCAAGAGGAUGUGCUUAAUCCUGACCCGACCCGAUCCAGUACGGAUAAUGUACUUUGUUUCCUUUUUUCAAAUUUCAUGUAUUAGACGAGACCUUUGUUUUUCGGACAAGUGAAUCUUUAGCGGUUGAGUUUAAAUACGUGUUGAUAAAACUUCACGUGUUGUCGGCUGUAUUAUUAGCGUCUUAAAUGUUUUUCAACUCUUGGGCCAAAGGGAGCGUGCAUGAUCUUUUUUAAUUA